AAAAUUUUUAACAAUUAAAAAAAAAAAAAACUGCUUAAAGUGCCGUACGAAGGAAGUAACAGUUGGAAAAAGCCGUUCGAGUACGGUUCAAAACUGUUGAAAGUGCCGCAAUCAAAAUAACCGGUAAAAGCAAAAGUGCCGAUAUUGCUAAUCCGUUGUUUCUACAAACACUUCGCUGCCAUCAACCCGCUGCUGCCACAACGUCGCUGCUACCACCGAACCGCUGCUGCCAUCAUCGUCGCUGCCAUCAACCCGCCGCUGCCACAACGCCGCUGCUGCCAUCGUCGCUGCUACCAUCCAACCGCUGCUGCCAUCAACGCCACUGCCAUCGUGAGAAUGAGCUGCCGCUGCAUUCUGUGCAAAAGGGACGUAAGCGCCGGCAAACAGCCGACGCACCAGGUUCAUUGGACGCCGAGGAAUGCCGACGAAGAUAUUCAGCGACAACGCCACCAAUUUCGUCGGCGCCGAUCGCAAGCUGCACGAGCUCAAGGAGGCGUUUCUGACAAUGGGUCCAGAAUUGAGGAGAUUCGCAGCAGACGAAGGGUGCAGCUUCACUUAUAUACCACCGCGGGCGCCGCACUUCGGCGGAUUAUGGGAAGCCGCGGUGAAGUCCGCCAAACACCAUAUCGUUCGCGUAAUCGGCAACGCGCUACUCACAUCAGAGGAGCUAGCAACACUGUUGGCCGAAGUGGAGGCCAUCCUCAACUCUCGUCCCCUAGUACCCCUGAGUCAAGACCCCAACGACGGCGAGGCGUUAACACCGGCGCAUCUACUGAUAGGAUGCUCCCUGCGAGCAUUACCUCCAGAGAAGGUGCCAGUGGACCCAGUUCGUUGUUGCGAGAGAUGGCAACUUGUUUGCUGUCUCAAGCAACAGUUCUGGCGACAGUGGUUCAAAGUUUACCUGACGGGCCUUCAGGAACGCAACAAGUGGCUACACCCCAAACGCAACAUGCAGCUCAACGACCUCGUUCUCGUCCACGAGGACAACGUGCCACCGCAGCAGUGGGUACUAGGGCGCGUCGUCGCAACCGCCGAAGGGCAAGACGGCAAGGUGCGAGUCGCAGACGUGGCGACUAAGGCGGGCACAAUUAAGCGUCCUAUCCACAAGCUGGCCUUGCUUCCAAUGGAGGUUGAAGGAAAUUGAUCCUGUCAAGGUGGCCGGUGUUGCGUCAAG